AUGGCUCCCAAGUCCAAAGAAGCAAAGUCUACACAGCAUGGCUUUCAUGGUUAUGAAUUCGGUGGCCCAUUCGGCGCCGCUGCCAUCACAUUCGGUCUCCCCCUCCUAUGCUACAUCUUCACCUUUGCCUGCAAUGACGUCUCCGGCUGCCCCGCGCCCUCGCUACUGAGUCCGAAAACCCUGUCCCUCGACCAACUAAAGACCGAAGUAGGAUGGCCAAAGGACGGCAUUUGGGGCUUAGCUAGUUGGAAAGCGACUGGGGGAACCCUAGCCUACUAUCUUUUCAGCGCUCUUCUAUAUCGUAUUCUGCCCGCGACCGAGGUUGAGGGUACAGUAUUAUCCACUGGCGGGAGACUAAAGUAUAGAUUCAAUGCCUUUUCCUCGGCCAUGUUCACGCUGGUAAUUUGUCUCGCUGGCACUGUUUCGCAAGGUGCCGAGUUUCCGUUGUGGACCUUUAUUUCCGACAACUAUAUACAGAUCCUAACUGCCAACAUUCUCAUCGCCUAUGGUCUCGCCACUUUUGUCUACGUUCGAAGUUUCUCGGUGAAGCCUGGGGACCCCCAGCAUCGUUUGCUCGCUCAGGGCGGCUGCUCUGGCAAUCUCAUCUAUGACUUUUAUAUGGGGCGAGAACUUAACCCUCGUGUGACUCUUCCCAUCAUUGGCGAGAUAGACAUCAAAGAGUGGAUGGAACUGCGACCUGGUAUGCUUGGUUGGAUUAUCCUCAACUGUUCUUUUAUCGCCAAGCAGUAUCGCAAUUUUGGCUUCGUCAGUGAUAGCAUCGUAUUUAUCACGGCAGUGCAGCUUCUAUAUUGCCUAGAUUCUGUGGUUAUGGAGCCCGCUAUUCUAACCACUAUCGAUAUUACCAACGACGGCUUCGGAUUCAUGCUGUCCUUCGGUGAUCUCGUGUGGGUCCCGUUCGUCUAUUCGCAGCAGACACGAUACCUAUCUACUCACCCAGUUACUCUUGGAUGGGUAGGCCUUUCGGUAGUAUCCGUUCUCCUUAUCACCGGGUUUUCCAUCUUCCGCCUGAGCAACUACCAGAAGAAUGUUUUCCGUACCAAUCCAAAUGACCCGCGUGUUGCUCAUAUCAGCUAUAUCGAGACUAAGACAGGAUCGCGACUAAUGACAUCGGGCUGGUGGGGUAUUGCAAGACAUAUCAACUACCUCGGUGACUGGUUACAAUCAUGGCCAUACGCACUUCCGACUGGUUUUGCUGGCUAUGCGAUCUUGUCAGCCGGCACCAAUGCCGAAGACGCGAUCAAGAUGCUGGAUGGGAGAGAAGUAGUGCAGGGUCCUGCAAAGUACUGGGGUAUGCUUGUCACUUACUUCUACGUCGUCUAUUUUGCUGUCCUGUUGAUUCACCGUGACGGGCGAGACGACGAGAAGUGUGCUAAGAAAUAUGGUGAGGAUUGGGAGAAGUACAAGCGUAUUGUCAAGUACAAGAUUGUACCCGGCAUUUAUUAA